GGCGAGCAUCGGGCUUGGCUAUCCUGACACUUUCCCAGGCAGGACAGACGCAGGUUGGGGCUUGGCCUGGGCACCACCAUGGAGCCUCUGUUCCUGGCUGGAACACUGGGCUGGAAUGCCUCUGCUGCCCCCGGAGAUGGCUACAACAGGACAAUGGCCAGGCCAGUGCACUCAGCCGGGGCCCGGGCAGUGCUAGUGCCUGUGCUGUACUUGCUGGUGUGCGCGGUGGGCCUGAGCGGCAACACCCUGGUCAUCUACGUGGUGCUGCGCCAUGCCAAGAUGAAGACGGUCACCAAUGUGUACAUCCUCAACCUAGCUGUGGCCGACGUGCUGCUUAUGAUGGGGCUGCCCUUCUUGGCCACGCAGAACGCGGUCUCCUAUUGGCCUUUCGGCCCCUUCCUGUGCCGCCUGGUCAUGACCCUGGAUGGUAUCAACCAGUUCACCAGCAUCUUCUGCCUGACCAUCAUGAGUAUUGACCGCUACCUGGCUGUGGUCCAUCCGCUCCGCUCCGCCCGCUGGCGCCGGCCCCGGGUGGCCAAGCUGGCCAGUGCUGCCGUCUGGGCCUUCUCCCUGCUCAUGGCGCUGCCACUGCUGGUCUUCGCGGACGUCCAGGAGGGCUGGGGCACCUGCAACCUCAGCUGGCCGGAGCCCGUGGGGCUGUGGGGUGCAGCCUUCAUCACCUACACAUCUGUUCUGGGCUUCUUCGGGCCGCUGCUGGUCAUCUGCCUCUGCUACCUGCUUAUCGUGGUGAAGGUGAAGGCGGCGGGCAUGCGCGUGGGCUGCUCACGGCGACGGCGCUCAGAGCGCAGGGUGACCCGCAUGGUGCUGGUGGUGGUGGUGGUCUUCGUGGGCUGCUGGCUGCCCUUCUUCAUCGUAAACAUUGUUAACCUGGCCUUCACACUGCCCGAGGAGCCCGCCUCAGCUGGCCUCUACUUCUUUGUGGUGGUCCUAUCCUAUGCCAAUAGCUGUGCCAACCCUCUGCUGUACGGCUUCCUCUCUGACAACUUCCGCCAGAACUUCCGGAAGGUUCUGUGCCUCCGCAGAGGCUAUGGUGCAGAGGACAUGGAUGCCGCUGAGCCUCGGCUGGACAAGAGCGGGCGAACACAGGAAAGCAUGCAGGCACCCCAGGGCCGCAAGGCUGACGGGUGCAUGCAAACCAGCCAGCUGUGAGGCCUCAUGGGGCCUCCACCAUGUCAUCCUCCAGAUCGUGGGGUGUGUUCAGGGGUUCCCAGAGGGGGCAUGAAGACAAGGCCAGGCCAUGAGUGGACACCGGCCAAGGUGUGGUGACAGGUUGUCUCUCCCCUCAGCCUGUUCGGCUAGGCAGGGAUCUGGGGGCAUGGAGAAGGGAGGCCUUGCCCUCCACUCCCACCCUGGCCUGACUCCAGUCAGCCCCAUGGGAGGGUGAUGAAAGGCCAGCUUGAAAGCUCUGACUGAAGCCAUGAACUGGUGACCCCACCCCAAGGCAUGCUGGACCUGCCCGGCCCCCACAUGUAGCCCCCUGGUCAGUCCUGCAUGCCACUCUCUAGAUUGGAGCCCUGAAUGUGUGUGGAUACAGCCCCAGGCUGGGCAGCCCACUGGCCUCUACAGUGACACUGGAGACAUGGGGGGGGGGGGCAAAGCUGUGGCUGGCCCUGCGCAGCCAGUGCCUGCUGAACCCCUGAGGUAUCUGUUCAGAGCCCCAUGAGCCUGCCUGCAGCCCACAUCCUGACCCACUCUCCUUGGUCUGCUGCACACUGCUGUCCAGUGAGGGGGUGACCCCCUCUGACCCUGGGGCUCCACAGUGGGGG